CUGAAAACCAAAACUCCAACGAAAGGAGAGAAAAAAGCCUAGAAUAUUAAGGACAAUAUCCUAGAAAAUUAAGGACAAUGGCGACAAACGGUGAAACGAAGGAAAAUCAGAAUGGGAGACACCAGGAGGUUGGCCACAAGAGCCUUUUGCAGAGUGAUGCCCUCUACCAGUAUAUUCUUGAAACCAGUGUGUACCCAAAAGAGCCAGAAGCCAUGAAAGAGCUUAGAGAGGUGACUGCCAAGCAUCCAUGGAAUAUCAUGUCAACUUCUGCUGAUGAAGGGCAGUUUUUGAACUUGCUUUUGAAGCUCAUCAAUGCCAAGAACACCAUGGAGAUUGGUGUUUACACUGGUUAUUCUCUUCUCGCCACCGCCCUUGCCCUUCCCGAUGAUGGAAAGAUUUUGGCAAUGGACAUAAACAGAGAAAACUAUGAGAUUGGUUUGCCCACAAUUCAAAAGGCUGGUGUUGCCCACAAAAUCGACUUCAAAGAAGGCCCUGCUUUGCCUGUUCUUGAUCAAAUGAUCCAAGAUGGGAGGUAUCAUGGGACAUUUGAUUUCAUAUUCGUGGACGCAGACAAAGACAACUACCUCAACUACCACAAGAGACUAAUCGACUUGGUUAAGGUUGGAGGUGUGAUCGGCUACGACAACACCUUAUGGAAUGGUUCUGUGGUGGCCCCACCGGAUGCUCCAAUGAGGAAGUACAUCAGGUACUACAGAGAGUUUGUGUUGGAGCUUAACAAAGCCCUGGCCGCUGACCCUAGGAUUGAGAUCUGUAUGCUUCCAGUUGGUGAUGGGAUUACCCUGUGCCGCCGCAUCAGCUGAUCACUCUACCUUACUUUAAAUGCCAGCAAAUUAUUUUUAUUUUUAUUUUUAUUUGGGUUUUUUUUUCCAUUUUAUAUUUAUGAAUCUUAUAUGUAACAUUAUACAUUAUGUUUGGAUGAUUAAAAUUAU